AUGUCAGUUAAAACUGUUUUUAAAACUAUAACUUCGGAGUCUUCUUUGAAUCAGAGCAUUCCAAUCGAAAUUAUUGCUACUAUCCCAGAAGAUUUACAAGCAUCUAAGAUACCAAUAUCUUUAACUCUCUGUUAUCAAAAGGAUAGAAACAACGAUUCAAAAUAUCAAAUCCCAUCAACUUUCAUGUAUUACCACUAUUCCAUACCAAACCGUUUACGUACAAAGAAAGCAACAGAUGAUGAUGUAAUUGGGAUCCCUUUAAUUGAUACAGACAACGACUGGAUUAAAGAUAUCUCAAGAAAAAUUGCCAAUAUGGUCGCCAAGAAAUAUAAUAAACCAUGUUACGUUGCUUGGAGUAACACGAAAUUGAUGGAUAAUUCCACAAUCUCGAUGGACCAAUUAUUUGUCUUAAGAAGUUGUAUGGAGUUCGUCCAGUCAAUAAUGAAACAAUAA